AUGUUAUGGGUUGAGGCGUUUGAAGACAAAAACAAUCCCGAAGCAGCCAAAAUAAAAGCUGACGUAUGUGAUAGGAUCACGAAAGCAGUGACUUCCCUUGAAAAUAUCACACAAAAUGAGGUGAAUUGCACGAUGGUAUAUCUACGCGGUUACCCUAAUCAAGCGCUUUUGAAUAUUUCGUUUACUGAAAUCCCCCAAACGGUGAACGGCAGCGAAUGGGCAAAACAAAUAAGUGAAUUGUUUGACAACGUAACGGAGAAGACUAAAGAUCAAAAAGGACCUGUUGCAGGCAAAGUACAGCUACAAACUUUUCCAUUUUCUGUAUCAGUCUUUGAAAAUGGCCAUUUCAGUGGAUGGCCCAAUGCCUAUGAUAGCAACUGGGUAGUAGAAACGAUCCGAAACACCCUUUGUUUUGAAAUCACCAAUUUAGCACAGGAAGAUAAACUCAUGCGCAAGUUUCCGAUGCAAUGCGUUUUGCUUCGUCCAAAUCAUGAUCAGUCUUCGGCAUGCUUCCGUGCACAAUUCCAAAGUGAAAACGCUUUGGAUCAAGAGAAAGUCAUUGAGGAGUUCGAACGAACAAAUGCUAACGAAGGAGCUACUUACGAUAUAAUUGCGUCGCAGUACCGCUUCGCACCUUCGUUAGACAAGGAAAAUUCACAGAAUAUCGACCGGCAAGACGCAGAUAAUUCUGUCCAGUUACCAAAGAAAGAACAUGGAACUUCGACCAGCAAUCAGGAAGAUAAGUAUGUAUCAAUGCAAAUGGUACUUAACAUGCAACAGAAAGGAGCACAAUUGGCACAAAGUUAUAAAGUCUUUUACUUUUCUGCAAUGUUCAUUACAAAUAAACUGCUUACGCCGCUUGCAUUUUUGCUUGCUUCGUUCCGAGAAAUCCAUCGAUUUCCACCACGUAAGCUGAUAUGGGUAACAUGGUCCCUGCAGGAAUGCGUAACAACAGAAUAUCGUGUAUACAAAAAAUCCAAGGAUUUUGAAACCGGAUGGCUAGUUCGUAGGUGCAUUUGGCAGUUAAGAAUGGAGUUAACUGGCGAUUCCGUAUAA